GCCCUUUCAGUUAUCUUGAUGAUGUCCCAUUUAAGAUAGGAGACAAAUUCAAAACCCCAGCAAAGGUUGGAUUACCCAUUGGUUUCUGCCUGCCUGACUCUUCUCAGCUUGUCAGAGAAGCCUGGUAUGACUUCUCACUGGAAAAGAAAACAAUUGAGUGGGCUGAAGAUAUCAGAAAAAUUGAGGCUGCCCAGAGAGAAGCUGAAUGCAAGGCAGAAGAAGCACUAGCGAGCUCAGAAGUAGCUCCAGAGGUCAGCAACAAAAUGGGGUUCUCAGAGGGACCUUGCCCUGAGGCCGUGCCUCCUCCUAUUAACCCCAUCCUCGCUAGCCUGCAGCACAAUAAUAUUCUUACUCCCACACCAGCCAACAGCAGUGCUGUGAAGCAAAAGGUUCUCAGUCCACCUCGUCCAAAAGCAGACUUCAACCCAGCUGAUUUUGAAUGUGAAGAAGACCCAUUUGACAAACUGGAAUUGAAAACUAUUGAUGAUAAGGAGGAAUUAAAAAAUAUCCUUGAAAUUCAUGUUAGUACUACUGGGCCAAUUGUUGCCAAGCUGUUGGAUAAUACUUUGCCCAAAGGAGAGCCUGAGUCUGUGUUGCAAGAUGAGGAAGUUCUGGCAUCCAUAGAAAGGGCCACGUUGGACUUCAAGCCCCUUCACAAACCCAAUGGCUUUAUCACUUUACUGCAGUCUUCCAAAGUGUCCCUGUCCCCUAUCACUUCAGUGAGCAAUAUCAAAUCCCUGUCCUUUCCUAAACUUGACUCUGAUGAGAGUGAUCAAAAAUCAUCAAAGCUCACAAGCUCUUUCCACAGCACUACCUGUCUCCACAAUGGCACUUUGCUCAGCUCUUUGCAGACCUGUGCUCAGAGUAAAGCUAGUGAACUGAAUGGACACCAUAUGGUUGGUCUUUCCGCUCUAAAUGAGGACAGUGGCAUGGAGACAUCAACAUUAUCCUCAUCAUCCAGGCUGCCUUCCCUGGCUGCGUCAACAGUUUGUAUGGAAGAAGAAUCAUCUCAAAGCACAGCAGCUAUGGUACAACCAGACUACAAGGAAACAGUAAUCCCUGCGGUAACACACCAAAAUUUCCCACUGUCUAAAGUGCCCAAUAACACCAGAUGCACAAAGCAGUCAGGUGGCCCUGCUCCUGAAAUACAGCAGGUCCUCUCCGCUAGCGAGAAGCAGUGUGUAGAGAUGGUUGUCAACAUGGGGUACUCGCCUGAGAAUGUCCUGAAAGCCAUGAAGAAGAAGGGACAGAACAUAGACCAGGUUUUGGAUUACCUGUUUGCACAUGGACAGCUUUGUGAGAAGGGCUUUGAUCCACUUCUUGUUGAAGCAGCUUUGGAAAUGCACCGGUGUUCAGAGAAGAAGAUCACAGAACUUCUCCAACUAAUGAGUCAAUUUAAAGAAAUGGGCUUUGAACUAAAAGACAUUAAGGAUGCCCAACCUCUACUCUAA